CAAGAGGCAUAAAGUUUCAAUUAGUAAGACGAAUAAGUUUUAGAGAUCUGCUGUACAACACUAGUCAAUAAUACUGUGUUGUACACUUUAAAAAUUAAGAGGGUAGAUCUCACUUAAGAAUUCUUAAAAGAGAGUAAUCAAUAUGGAGAUAGUGAGGUGUUCCCUGUAUCACAAUUCACUCCUUGUUAUCCAUGGGCAACUCUUAUGUUUACCAGGACCUCUCUACUUCUUGAAGGGUUAAGUAAACUGAGUAACUGAUAAAUCACCCCCUCAGUUUCCUUAUCUGAGAAAUGGGAACUUACCAGGGCCUCCUCCUAAGAUGUGGUGAUAGUUAAUGUCAAGCCCUUAGACUAAUGUCUGUCAUAUGGUUGACUAUAGAAAACAAGUAAGUUCUUAUAGUCAAUAAAAAAUGAACUGGGGAGUUCUUAUUCAAAGGGUAUAAGGUUUCAGUUAUGCUAGAUGAAUAAGUUCUAUCUGGUGUACAACACAGUGACUAAAGUUAACAAUAUGGUAUUGAGCACUUCAAAAUUUAAGAGGGUAGAUCUCGCGUUAAGUGAUACAAAAGGAUACAAGGAAACUCUGGGAGGUAUCUGACAUGUCUAUUACCUUUCACAAUCAAGGUGAUGGUAUCAGAAGUGUUUGCGUAUGUUCAAACUCAUCAAAUUAUACACAUUCAAUAUGUGCAAUUCUUUGCAUAUGAAUUAUACCUCAAUAAAGCUGAUAUAUAUAUAUGUGUAUAUAUAUGUAUAUAUAUAUAUUACAAGAAUUGGGGAGGAAGCAGCCCUGGUCUCAUUGAGCACAUUCCCCAAAGUGGCACUUUUUCAACAAUUUUUAAGGUAAUAUGUUGGCGUGAGAGAUAUUAGACGGACCAUGAAAAGACUAAGACGCGUAAGAGAAACAUAUAGAGAAGGUAGUCAAACAGGGAGCAUUUUAAAAAAUCCACCCACUUCUUUCCCUUCAGCCCCUUGAACUGAGUCUGAGUUAUCACUCCUGCCCAUCUCUGGGCCCAGAACAUACUUCCCGUCUGGUCUAAGGAGGGCUCUUCCCCAACCUUUUAGCACAAAACGCCUAGGCGGACAGCAACCAUGUCUAGAGCGUUAUGAGAGAGAAGCCUGGCCCCGAAGGGCCAAUAAGGUCCAAAUGUCUAAAAUCUGUGCGCCAUCAGGCUCAUUUUCCUGAUAGGCUAUGAAGUUUCCCCCGUCUUAUGUCAAAGGUCAACAAAGCUGGAUCCUAGGUAAAGUGGUCAGGACGGGUUUUAACCAGGAAUACUAUUGCGAUAGUGAAGAGUCCAGUGUGAAGUGAACUCAAAUCCGAUUUGUACACAGGGAACUGGGGGUUUAAAGAGAGAAAGAGGGGCCGGGAGGGGUCACCGGGGCUCAGCAGUCAGGGGAGUGAACCCUUGCACACGGCGGGGAGGGGGAGUUAGCCGACCGACCUGGUGUCGCUAACCCCAGCUCAGCCAGGCGAGGCUCUGCAGACGCGGGGGCAGAGACCCGGUCUCCAGGCGUCCGCGGGGACAGUGAUUCUUUCAGCAGCCUGAGCCUCCUCGGGCAGGCCCUCUGCGGAGCUAGGACCGUCCUAGGGAUGUGGCCUUGAGCUCUUCCACACCACGCUAGUGUUCUGUUCGUCUUCAUAGGCCUAGUUGAGAGGAGAGCUGGGGAGGCGGCUCCACUUCGGUGGAGGAGAGAAUGUGCGUCACUCAUCAGUUACAUUACUUACUAAGCGCCCCCCUCUCCUUCCCAAAGUCCACAGUCUGCAAUACCCCAAAGAAUACUAUAACUCAAGCUGCACCUCCCGUUUCCCUGGAGCCCACCGCGCAGCUGUCUGAAGACCCGCGUGUAGAGGAGCACAACGCGACCACUAAGGGCUAACUGCAGCAGGGAUCCUUCCCGAUGUUGUCGGCCCUCAGCGCAGACGCGCGGCGGCGCUCUUUAACCUUCCCCAGAGGGAACUGCGACGGCAGCCAGGUGGAACUACAACUCCCAGCAGCCCCGGCGACAGCGAAGGCUCCCACGUCCUGGGCGCCGCUCCCCGUUGGCGAGCAGCGCCAGCUCCGCUCACCCCUUCAAGAGGCCGCACGGGGUUCCGACGGCCAGCGGCGGCCACAGUCGCAGGACCCUGGGCCUCUGUCGCUACCGGCCAGGCAGAUGCUCCGGACAAGGAAGCGUGAGGCCGCGGGAAGCGGCGCCGGCGUGACGGAAGUGCGCUUACGUCACUUCCGCUGGGCGGGCCGCUGGUUAUCCCGCGCAAAUUGAAAGGUCCGGCCCUUGGUGCGCGGCUGCAGCCCGGCUUGUUCCGCGCCGGCCGCCUCGCGUGCUUCGGCCAGGCCGACGGACGGCGUCUUCUGGGAUGGGCUCGCGGGCGUCUCCUGCGCCUCCCCGCGAGCCGCGGGACCGGGACCUCGGCUGCGGCGGGCGGGCUCCUUGAGGUGACAUGUGCGCGGUGGCCCGCAGUCCGACCUGCCGUGCUGAAGGGAAGGAUUUAUUCGAGGCUGUUUCCCUGGCAAGUCUCGUGAAACGUGUACUAUGUCAGUUUUCCUCCGAGUGGAAGAAAACUCCUUUUAGGGACGUUAUCUGAGAGCUCGGAGGCUGAUUGCUUUUCCCAGGCUGCGGCUGGGGGACCACCUGCACCCAGAUCACCUGCGCAGGGUAAAAUUCAGAGCCCGCCUCCCUCCGGACGAGAGCGCCGCCGUCGCGGGAGUGGAGCUGAGCGUCCGCGCGCCUCUGAGACCUGCGAGUGCGGCCCGCGCGGAGCGGCGACGGCGACAGUGCCAGCGCGCACUAGUUAACUUGGCACCAUGGGGAUACACGGAUUACUGGGGUUCAUCAAAGACGCUUCUGAACCCACCCACGUGAGGAAGUAUAAGGGGCAGGUCGUAGCUGUGGAUACAUACUGCUGGCUUCACAAAGGAGCCAUUGCUUGUGCUGAAAAACUGGCCAAAGGUGAACCUACCGAUAAGUAUGUAGGAUUUUGUAUGAAAUUUGUACAUAUGUUACUAUCUCAUGGGGUCAAGCCUAUUCUCGUAUUUGACGGAUGCACUUUACCUUCUAAAAAGGAGGUGGAGAAGUCUAGAAGAGAAAGACGACAAGCCAAUCUUCUUAAGGGAAAGCAGCUCCUUCGUGAGGGGAAAGUGUCAGAAGCCAGAGAAUGUUUUACCCGCUCUGUCAAUAUCACGCACGCGAUGGCCCACAGAGUAAUUAAAGCUGCUAGGUCUCAGGGAGUGGAUUGUCUCGUGGCUCCAUACGAAGCGGACGCACAGUUGGCCUAUCUUAACAAAGCUGGUAUUGUCCAAGCAAUCAUUACAGAGGACUCUGACCUACUCGCUUUUGGCUGUAAAAAGGUGAUUUUAAAAAUGGACCACUUUGGAAAUGGACUGGAAAUUGAUCAGGCUCGGCUAGGAAUGUGCAGACAGCUUGGCGAUGUGUUCACAGAGGAGAAGUUCCGUUACAUGUGCAUCCUUUCAGGCUGCGACUACCUGUCUUCGCUGCGUGGGAUUGGACUGGCAAAGGCCUGCAAAGUGCUGAAACUAGCCAAUAACCCAGAUAUUGUGAAGGUUAUCAAGAAAAUGGGACAUUAUCUCAAGAUGAAUAUAACAGUACCAGAAGAUUACAUUGAAGGAUUUAUUCGGGCCAAUAAUACCUUCCUUUAUCAGCUGGUUUUUGAUCCCAUCAAAAGGAAACUCGUCCCUCUGAAUGCCUAUGAAGAUGACAUUGCUCCUGAAACAUUAAGCUACGCUGGGCGGUAUGUUGAUGAUUCUGUAGCUCUUCAAAUAGCACUUGGAAAUAAAGAUAUAAAUACUUUUGAACAGAUUGAUGACUACAAUCCAGACACUGCUACGCCUGCCCAAUCAAGAAGUCAUAGUUGGAACGAUAAAACAUGUCAGAAGUCAUCUAAUGUUAAUAGCAUUUGGCAUAGGAAUUAUUGCCCUGGAGUUGAGCUGGAUGUUGUUUCAGAUGCUCCAAGGUUGAAGGAAAAGCCAAGCACUGUGGGCAUUGAACAAGUGAUUAGUGCUAAAGGGCUAAAUCUUCCAAGGAGGUCAUCCAUUGUGAAGAGACCAAGAAGUGAAGAGCUGUCCGAAGAUGAUCUGUUGAGCCAAUAUUCUCUUUCAUUUACAAAGAAGACCAAGAAAAAUAGCUGUGAAAGUAAUAAAUCAUGGAACUCUUCUGAAACAUCCCUGCCUGACCUGGUGGAUGGAACUACUAUUAAAAAAAGCUUAAGCACACCACCAACGACAAGAAAUAAAUUUGCAGCAUUUUUACAGAGAAAAAACGAAGAAAGUGGUGCAGUUGUGGUUCCAGGGACCAGAAGCAGGUUUUUUUGCAAUUCUCUGGAGUCCACUGAUUGUGUAUCAAAGACAGCAAGCAGCCAGCCUCUAGAGGAAGCCACUGUCACAGAUAAGGAGACCAGUGUAAAUGACUCGGAUUGUCCAGAUGGCCAGAGUCUGGUCGAUAGGACUGUAGCGCCUAGCUCAAGUGAUCAGAUUCCGGAUGAGGCAACUGGGACUGCUGAUGAUGAGGCUCAGUCUUCUGAAACCGACAAAUUCACAAGGACCAUUUCACCACCCGCUCUGGGAACACUCAGAAGUUGUUUUAGUUGGUCGGGCAGUCUUGGAGGUUUCUCGAGAACCCCGAGCCCCUCUCCACGCGCAGCGCUGCAGCAGUUCCGCAGAAAGAGCGAUCCCCUCACGCCUCUGCCUGCCGGUAAUGAGACGUCUGAACCCUCUCAGUUAAAGAGCCAGGAGGCAGGUGAUGAGCCUCAGCCCUCGCAGGAGGCGCGUUGGUCCUCACAGUCUCAGGAAAGCGUGGAACUGUCCCCGCACAGUCUGAAUGUAUCAAGCCUUUCCCAGCCUUCUAGUAAGGAUUCGGAUUCAGAGGAAUCUGAUUGCAGUUUUAAGUCAAUUGGUAAUCAAGGUAAUCAGAAAUCCGAGCUACAUUUAUCUCAUUUUUCAAAAAAAGACAUGCUUCUAAGGAACAAGGUUCCUGGGCUGUAUAAAUCCAGUUCUGUGGACAAUCUUUCUACUACCAAGAUCAAACCUCUUGUGCGCGCCAGAGUCAGUGGGCUGAGCAAGAAACCAGCAAGCGUCCAGAAGAGAAAUCAUCAUGAUGUGGAGAACAAGCCAGGGUUGCAGAUAAAAAUCAAUGAGCUCUGGAAAAAUUUUGGAUUUAAAAAAGAUUCUGAAAAGCUUCCUUCCUGUAAGAAGCCCCUGUCUCCAGUCAAAGAUAACAUCCAACUGACUCCGGAAGCAGAAGACGAUAUAUAUAACAAAUCUGAAUGUACGCGUGUACAGAGAGCAAUAUUCCAAUAAACUCAGGCAGCUGGGAGGCGGCUUCCCUCAGGAGAAGCUCUAUCAAUUUGAAGUCCUGUUUGGGAAUGAGGCAUUUACCAGUCUAAAAGAUUUGUUCUUAGAUCUAUACCAUUUUUUUUAAGUAGAGUCCAUUUUGUAUAUUAACUGUAAUUGUUUAUUUUGUUCAGCUUUUUAUAUUUUCAUAAGAAGCUAACUAGAGAAGUAAUCUUAUCUUUGACAGUUCUUGGGAGUUUUAAUGUUAAUUGGGCAAGUCUCCUAGAAUUUAUAAAAUCUACUCUAAGGAUUUCUAUAAUGUUGUCAAGAGUGGUAAAUGAAAACCACAAUUAAUGUAAUCAUUUUAUCCUAAGGAAAUUAAUGUAUUUCUCCAAGCUUUAAAUUUUUCCACCUGCCUUUCCUGUCAAUCUUUCAGGGUUGAAUUGAAAAUAAAGCUGCUGGGAUAGGAGGGGUGGUGGGAAGGGAUAAAGGUCAUUGCACAAGUGGAACAGGGCCCUGUUAUCCCUGAAGCGUUUGCUUGGGUUACAGACUGACAGUGAAGGAAAGUUUCUUUCAGCCUCACAUAAAAGGAACUACUUACGUCAUUAAUAGUCUCAAACUUCAA